CCCUCGCGUCAAAACUCUACUCCCCUGCCCUGCCGCCUCCUUUCUCCCGGGCACACGUACUGCCGCCUCCUGCCAUUUCCCACCCGUCCAUCCAUCCCUGUGCUUGCUGUACCUUCCUUCUCAGACGCGAACACCAUGAGCAAUAGGAUCCAUCCGUCCGAUGCCAGCCGCGGCGGCCGUGCCCGUCGCGCGGCGCCGGCGCCGACGGAUCGCCGGCCGGCGGUGUACACGGUGUGGAAGAGGUCCAGCAUGGGCUUCCAGGGCACCGACGGCUUCUGCGUCUACGACGACGCGGGCAGGCUGGCGUUCCGGGUCGACAACUACUCUCGGCGGCGGAAGCUCUGCGCCGGCGAGCUCCUGCUCAUGGAUGGACAGGGCACGCCGCUCCUGUCCCUCAGGCCGCAGCUUCUCAGCCUGCACGAUCGCUGGAAUUGCUACACGGCAACGGAAGAAGGCGGCCUCGACAAGAAGCCGUCUCCCACAUCACAGCAGCAGGUCUUCACGAUGAGCAGGUGCUCAGCUCUGAAGAGCAGCGACGAAGCAGAGGUCCACAUGUCAGCAGCAGGCACCGCUUCAUCGUCAUCAUCUAGCCUCAGCUGCAAGCACCCGCAGGUUGCCGCCGCUCCGGCCUACCGGAUCGAGGGCUCCUUCUCCAGGAGGAACUGCAAGAUCCGUCGUGGCAGCGACGGCAAGGAGGCGGCGCGGAUAGGGAGGAAGAGCGCCGGCGUGGCGUCCAGACCGGUAGCGACGCUCGGAGACGACGUGUUCAGCCUCGUUGUCCGGCCAGGCGUGGACGUGGCGACGAUCAUGGCUAUUGUUGUUGUAAUGGACAGGAUCUGUCACAAACCGUACACGCCCAUGGUGUGCUCGUCACAGUAGAGGUGUAGUCAUGGUGAGAUAUCAAAGACAGUGUAAACCGUAGGCAGCAGUAGCAGAGAGCCAAGAGAUUCCUCACUAACCCGUUUUGCGUCGUUGCAAUGUUAUUACCUCCAAGAAAAAAAAGGGGGUAUAGAAGAUUCUGAUUUAAUACAGGUACGCGUUAAGGACAUGAGAAAA